CUAAGAAGCAAGAGAAUGGGUAGUUUUGAAGAAGAAAGACUGGUCCAGAUGGUCAGAGAUUACAUAGAAUCAGAAUCAACCACACCCAUUUGCCAUAAUAAUCCUUCAAAACUCCUCCAAGUUCAUGAAACGACAUAUGAUCUCUCUUUGCAGGAGAUCCUCAAUAGUGUCACAGACGCUGAGGCUGAGAUUCUCGGGAGAACUCUGUGGUACUUGAAGGAUUUGGAGGAUAUAGGGGCAUCCAAUAAUCUGAAGAAAUGGGUAGUGUUGAAACUGAAAAACGAUGGUUAUGAAGCUUCUCUUUGUAAAACUUAUUGGGUUUCUACUUUCGAUCGUCCUUCAGGUGGCUACGAGUAUAUUGAUGUGAUGAUGAUGAAGGAUGAAACUGGUGGUAAACCAACAAGACUGAUAGUAGAAAUGGAUUUUAGGUCACAAUUUCAAUUAGCCAGGCCUACCACACCCUACUCAAAUCUCUUAAACUCUCUUCCUUUAAUAUUUGUUGGCACUGAAGAAAAGCUCAACCAAAUAAUUUCUCUGCUCUGCUCAGCUGCUAAGCAGUCUCUAAAAGAGAAGGGUCUUCACAUUCCUCCAUGGAGAAGAACCAAUUACAUGCAAUCAAAGUGGCGCUCUCCGAACUGCAAGAAAGUCUCAUUCUCACCAAACUGGGAAGUUGGUGUUCCCAAAUUUGAACCUAAAAGUGACAGUUUUUGUGGUUCCUCCAAGUUCAACAUUUGGGCACAUAAAAUUUUGAAGCCUUAGACAAAGUACUCAAGCCAAUUGUUACAGUAAGAGUUCUAU